AUGGAGCAGGACCUGAACUCCCCGAUCACCCUGCGGACUCGCAAGUUCAUUACCAACCGUUUGCUCCAGCGCAGGCAAAUGAUCGUGGAUGUGAUCCACCCUGCCCGCCCUAAUGUGUCGAAGUCGGAGCUCCAGGAGAAGUUGGGUGAGCUGUACAAGUCGCCUAAGGAGCACGUCUUCGUGUUCGGCAUGCGCACCCACUACGGUGGUGGCCGCUCGACCGGUUUCGCUCUGAUCUACGACAGCAAGGAGGCUCUCGAGAAGUUCGAGCCUACUCACCGUCUCGUUCGCGUAUGUAUAUCCGACCUAUCACUAAUACAACAGAAUGGUCUUGCUCCUAAGAUUGAGAAGCCCUCGCGCAAGCUGCGGAAGGAGCGCAAGAAG